UCAAUCCCACAUCUGCACCUUCCAUUUCCUCCCAAAAACCCCCCAGUUCCAUCUUUCAUUCCCCAUUUUUCACAAAACCCAUCUCAAAUUCCUCCAAAAAAAAAAAAAAAAAAACAUAACAAAAAUGUCAGCAACUUCUGCCACAGCAGCUCCAGUAACAUUUCAAUCAAGACCCUCAUCUUCACCAUCUUUUCAAAAAACAACCCCAGUAAAGUUUUCAUUCACUGGGGGUCUAAGGGCCCCCAAGCUCUCAAUCAAAUUCACUGCCAAACCCCGUCGGGGCAAUGCCAAAAGACCUGCCCCGUCGGGGGCACGAAUGGCUGACUCGGCUGCAGGUAGUUAUGCAGCCGCGUUAGCCGACGUGGCAGUUGCAAAUGAUACACUAGAAGCAACUGUUAAAGACCUUGAUACAAUAGGUGAACUUUUUUCGGAAAAAAGUUUUUUGGACUUUUUUGUAAGUCCAAUAGUAACGCUCGAGGCGAAACGAGCGUUACUUGACGACAUAACAGCGUCAGGGAAGUUACAAAAACACGUUUGUAACUUCCUGAACAUUUUAAUUGAAAGUAAAAGGAUUGAUAUGAUUAAAGAAAUUAUUAAAGAGUUUGAGAUUGUUUAUAAUAAGUUAACUGAUACAGAGUUGGCUGUUGUAACGUCUGUUGUGAAACUUGAGGAGCAACAUUUGGCCCAAAUUGCAAAACAAGUCCAGAAACUAACGGGGGCGAAAAACGUUAGGCUUAAGACGGUUAUUGAUGAAUCUUUAGUGGCUGGAUUUACUAUAAGGUAUGGAAAUUCGGGGUCGAAAUUGAUUGAUAUGAGUGUCAAGAAACAGUUGGAAGAAAUUGCUGCACAACUUGAGAUUGGUGAUAUUAAACUUGCUGUAUGAGUCUGAUUUAUAUUUAUAUAUGAUUGAAUUGAAUUAUCAAGUCGAGUAUCAUAAUUUGAUUUUUAAUAAACUUAUGAAUAUAUAUGAGUAUAUUUUUGUUC